AAAACCUUUUCGACAUUAGGCCGAUCCUAAACGGACAUGUUAAUUUCGUUAAAACACACCUCAAAUGUUGGAACAGAGAGAUGCUACUUUAACAAACAAUUGCUCCAUCAGUGUUAUCGAAAGCGCUGGCUGCAAUAGAGUUUGUUUUGUUGAUUGCUCGUCUUAAUCCUAAUUACUGUUUUGGGUGGAGCUGACUUGGGGGCUGAAAGGAGGGGUAGGCUAGGCUACUUUGUGCAUGAAAACUGUGUAGACAACAGAGUCACUUCGAUAAUUUCAGAGUACAACAUACUCGGACUACACAGUGAAACGAUCGGACGUAGCUUAGUCUGAGUUUGGGAAUUUGAUUUGGCCUCCGGACAUCAUCCAGCGUGCGGCGGCUGCGGGAACUCAACUCAUGGAAGUGCGGACAGGCUUCCUCUCAUAGCUCGGCCAUGUUGACUACUGAGGGGGCCCACACCAUGGAGCACGAUCACACCAAACAGGAUACAGAAACCCAGAUGGACAUGGGAUCCAAAAUGGCCACCAACAGGGACCCUAACAUGGAGGAGGCGGACAUGAUGAGGUGGACGGAGGCAGAGUUUGAGGAGAAGUGUACGUACAUCGUCAAGGAUACGCCUCGGGAGGCGGGGACAGAGAGCGAGGGUUUAACAAGAGCCGAAGCGUCGCUGCCACGGAACCUGACCUUCAAACACCCGGCUGGCUCCACAGAGGUGAUUGGAGUGGCCAGCAGAGAGUACAUCCCCAAAGGGACACGCUUUGGCCCCCUAGUGGGCCAAAACUACACUACAGACAGCGUCCCCAGAGACGCCAACAGGAAAUACUUCUGGAGGAUCUACUCGGAGGGCAACUUCCACCACUUUGUGGACGGCCUGGAUGAGGACCGCUCUAACUGGAUGCGCUACGUCAACCCGGCCCACUCAGCGGGGGAACAGAACCUGGCGGCGUGCCAGAAUGGCAUGAACAUCUACUUCUACACGGUGCGGGCCAUCCUCCCUGGCACUGAGCUGUUGGUGUGGUACUGCCCCGAAUUCGCCCACCGUCUCCACUACCCGUCCUAUGGAGAUCUCAUGAUGCAGAAACUCAAGCAGUCUCUGCUGGAAGCCAAGCAGCACGUCAGUGAGGAGCGUGUCAGUAGCAGCAAUGUCUCUGUCAAGAGAGAACACAGCGUCUCCUCCAUUCUCAGGGGCCCCACAACCAAGCGGGAGCCCAGCCGGCCCCAGGCCACACGACCCCGCUGUGCUGACAGCCCCGACCGGCCCCUGUACCCCCGCGCCCUGUACCCCCCACUCCGCCCCCACCCUCAUCUCACUGAAGAGUUCUUAAGUCUUAAGACCAGCACCAUGCAGUUUGGUUACCCAGCAAUCCGAUCACCAGGCAACCAGUCGUCAGCAACCCCGAGUCCUUCUGCCAGGAGCAGUCCAGAGAGCAGCCCCCAGGGUAGCCCGGCAGGUCCCCAACCCACACCCCCGUCUUCCAUUUACUCCCGAGUUUUGGGUCCUUUCCCAGGCUACUCUCCCCCAGCUGCCUCCCUUUCCUCACCCUUCUAUCCCCCUGGUUCCCACUAUUCACCCUACCUGUUGCCCCACCACUACCCACUCCAUGGGGGCGGCAUGCCUGCUGUGGGCAGCAUGUUCACCGGGAUGUAUCCUCGCUACAACAGCCUGCUGCUCCCCCACCUGCCUCUGCUGCCUGGGGAGACGGGGAGAAGGUUCUUACUGCCUGACUCCACCCACCACUCAGUCUCCGCUCACAGGGACUUCCUCCUCCCCGCCCCCACCAGUGCCUUCUCAGCCGCCACCUCCCUCAAGGACAAGGCCAGCCCGCAUCACCCUUAUCCUAGCCACGCCCACCCACACCCCCACGGGCAGCCCCAUGCGCCCACCAGUGGCUCCCCUACAGCGGGCACGGCGCCCCCUAGCGAGCGGGUGCCCACCAAGCCCACAUCAGCCCUGCUGAGCAGCGCCAGCGGCCGGCCGGAGGACGAAGCUGUCAACCUGAGCAAAAUGAAGCGCAGUGGCGGCUCAACGGGCUACAAGACCCUGCCUUAUCCACUGAAAAAGCAGAACGGCAAGAUCAAAUAUGAGUGUAAUGUCUGCAGCAAGACCUUUGGGCAGCUUUCUAACCUCAAGGUGCACUUACGGGUCCACAGUGGUGAGCGGCCCUUUAAGUGUUCGACGUGCAGUAAGGGCUUCACCCAGCUGGCUCACCUGCAGAAGCACUUCCUGGUUCACACUGGAGAGAAGCCCCACGAGUGCUCGGUGUGCCACAAGCGCUUCAGCAGCACCAGCAACCUGAAGACCCACUUGCGCCUGCACUCCGGUGAGAAGCCAUACUCGUGCAAGCUCUGCCCUGCCAAGUUCACCCAGUUCGUCCACCUUAAGCUGCACAAGCGCCUUCACUCCCGCGAGCGGCCGCACAAGUGCCCCCACUGUCACCGCCACUACAUUCACCUGUGUAGCCUGCGGCUCCAUCUCAAGGGCUACUGCUUGACUGCCGUUACCUCCUCAGGAGGCCCGACCCCCAGCUCUUCCACACAGGAAGAGCUCCAGCGCAUCAAUGAGGAGAUUGAGCGCUUUGACAUGAGCGACCAUGCUGAGAGGUUGGACCAGCUCCAGGGAGGGGUCGAGGUUGAGGCUGUGCUGGAGAAGCAAGUCCUGGGGAUGUUGUGGAGGGAGAUGGACCUUAAGACCUCCAGCUACCACCACCACCACCACAAGGGGGGCUCUGGUGAGCCCCAGGCUACAGGUUACAGCCUGUACGAUUCCGUCAACAAGACAUCUGUUAUCAAGCUGCGCAGAAGCAGCCCACUUCCCCUGCUUCCCUCCAAUGUUACAGUCAAAGAGGAGUCAGAGGAACAUGCUUGAGCUCAUGGUUAAAGGGUUUGAGUCUGACUGUGUGGCUCGAAAAACUUGGUUGCCAGGAGCAAUGACUGUAAAUAACUUUUUGAUGGUUGGUUGUUGUCAGCAAUGAGGUUGGGAAUAGCAGAUGCGGUUUUCAACCUUCUGUACUCAGGGCUUCAAAAGACACUGUCCCCAGACUACUAAAUGGUUCCAUUGUGUCCUACAAUUAGGACAAAAGACAAUCAGCCUGGAUUUCAUUAUUAUAAUAUUAACUAAUUAUUUUUGUUGUUACCAUUUGUUUCUUUUUUAAAUGUUAUUUUUGCUCAAUUUAUUAUAUAACCUUAAUUUAUUCUGCAAUUUUUUUGUUGUAUUUGAAAAGCAAUAUGUGGAAGUGCUGUUUACAAUGACUGGGUAAUUCAUUGUAAUUGUCUGUUUUUCUGGUUUUGACUUCUAUCUGUGGCCAUUUCUUUGUAGAUAUUUUCUUUUUGCCUGUAUAUGUUUU